UCACUGCACUAAGCUUUAUGCAAAUUAAUGUGUGAUGACAUCUUCAACAUGUAAAUGAGCUGAGUAACACGCUCACAAGCCAGCCUAGCUAGCUAUGGGGCAGACUGGUUAAGCUAAGGCUUAAAAGUUACAUAAGUUUAGUUACUGUAGGCACUUCUCAUUUUUCUAUUUUGUGCCUCGUCUCCAAUCUCCUCUGUUCUCCUGCCUACAUGUGACCAAGGAAACUGCCCGUGACUCAGAAAUCGAUCUCAGCACUCAUCUUGAAGGAUGUCUUCAUUCCUAAAAUGCAUCUUGAGGAGAGAGGAGGCUUACUGGAGGAGCUAUGAGCGAGGAUGCACAGGUGUAUCCUAUGUGGAAGUCUUUUCAGCACCUGUGACAUAUGAAAGAGGCGUUACAAUGGACAUGGAAUGACGUUGCUUUAAAAUGACGGCUCUGAAGCAAGGAUGUCUCAUUUUGCUAAAUCCCUGUUGCCUCUACUCCUUUCUCCUUGUGUCUCUUCCUUGCCUCCUUCGCUUGCAUCUCUAGUGGGAGGGACUAAGACGUGAGGAGAGGAGGCAAGGAAAGGAAUGGAGGAUGUACAAACAGAAAUGAGAAGAGGGGUGUGUCUGUGUACUGUGUUUAUUUGCAGCAGCAGCCUCUAGUUGGCUGAUUCAGAAUAACUUUAGCAAUGCGGUUGUUCUAGCUAACACAAGCUAAAAGGAAGUAUUUCCCCCCCCAAAAGUUUUAAUGUGAAAAGUAACUAGUAACAAUAUAUUAAUGUGAAAAGUAACUAGUAACAAUAGAUGUCAGGUAAAUGUAGUGGUGUAAAAAGUACAAUGAAAUGUAUUGGGGUCAAGAUGCAAAACAUUGAAAUACUCAAGUAAAGUAUAGGUAUGUCAAAAUUCUAUUUAAGUACAAUAGCUGAGUAAAUGUACUCUGUUGCUUCCCACCCCUGGAACUGCAGUUAUGGAAAAUAGUUUUCAUCAGCAUGAAUGCUGCCAUUGAAGUGACGGCACAUAAAACAUUUAGUCAACAGCAGUGACAUUUGGACAUCGCUGAGUACAGCAUGAUUCUCUGUUGCAUCUAGCCACCGUGUAUGGUUGGCUAUAACACGACCUGCAACUCUUUUGUAGAUACUGUAUCUAAACAUAAACGCAGACACUUCCUCUGCGGUCUGUAAAACCUACCUGAGCUGUGCUGCAUUGUUUAGUGUAUUGUUGUCCCAUCUCCCCCAUUGUGUAUAAUGAGUGUAUUUGAUGAUGUAUGGCUGGUGUUAUUGUAAUUGAGCCAGUAACUUUACAGCAGAGAGGUUGCACUCAACAUCAACCAAGUAAUAAAUACAAGUAAUGAAGUGAGACUAGGUUUAAACUGUGGUAAAAAAACAAAACAAAACACCAUCAGCAUUUUUUUUACAGUCUGUUGUGGUCUAAAAGCGCUAAGCCAUUUACUUAAAAAAAAACACCCAGAGAAGGUUUCAACAAACUGGCCAUUGCUCAAAGUUAAAUAGUAUUUUUCCCCAUUUUAUGAACAAUAGUGUAUUGGGUUCAGUAGUAAACCUGCACCUGCCUGCAUCAGGCUUUCAGGUCACUGCGGGCAAAUCUUGAAGCCACACUGCUCCAAUAACCUGCUCACCAGCUGUUCAAACAGACAUUUAUAACAUCAAGACAUUAAAAGCACCUCGCUUGUAAAAAUCUUUAAUAAUCAGUGGUGGAAGAAGUAUUCAGAUCAUCAAGGUCCAGUGUGUAGGAUUUAGAGGCAUCUAGCAGUGAAACUGCAGUUUGCAACCAUUUGAAUACCGCUCGCCUCACCCUCCCCUUCCAAGUGUGUAGGAGAAACGACGGUGGCCGUGAGACUCGCUAAAAACGCAAAUGGCCCUAUCUAGAGCAAGUGUUUGGUUUGUCAGUUCUGGGCUACUGUAGAAACAUGGCGGUUGACCUCUGUGGAAGGGGACCCGCUCCCUCUGUAGAUAAAAAUGGCUUAUUCUAAAGUAAUGAAAACACAAAAAUUCUUAGGAAUCGUUCUUCCCGUGGGUGAUUAUACACUAAUGAAAACAUAUAAAUAUUAUAUUUCAUUUCUGCCAAUAGCGCCUCCUAAAUGUUGCACACUGGACCUUUAAGAACAUCUUGCUGUAAAAUAAUAUGUUGAAUUCAGGACUUACUUAUUGUAAGAGAAAUUGUACUUAACUACAGUAGAUGAGUAAACGUCCUUAGCUAUAUUCUACUCUUGAAAAUAUCAGAUGUUUCUGAUGCAUGCAUUGUAAAAGAUGAACAUUAGUGGCCAUAAUGUCACAUGCAGAUAAGACAUGUUUUGACACAGCUUCCACCUGUCUGUGUGGUGUAUCUGCAUUUUUGGGGGUAUUUUAUAUACAUUUACAACAAAUAAUAGGUUUUGGAGUUAUUGUGCUGAAAAAGUUGUUCCUAAAUUGAAAGCAAAAUUACAAUUACACAACUACAUUCAAACAGAGAUGAGGAAGUGCUGCCUCACAUGAAAGUCCGUACUUUUUUUUUUCUUCACAGGGAAAUGAAACCCUUCUGUGGCCACAAAGAAAAAAAUUCUCUUGGUCAUUUGCAGCUGCCUUAUCUCACAGCACUGUUUCUGUCCUACUCACACACUGUGCUGUAAGACUUACUGCUGACAACAAAUCCUUGGCAGGGAGGAGAGUUUAAAUAUUCAGAGAUGGGUUUUGGGGAGGACCUGCGGUGCCCCCAGGCACAUACAGCUGUCAUGCGGCUGCUGGACUCAGAGCUUCACCUGAUGGAGGUCAUGAAGAAGUGGAUGGGUCAGCGGGCCAAGAGUGAGCGGGAGUUUUCAGUGCAGCUGCACCAUAUGGCUGCCAUAGUGGAGAAGCUGGACCAGCCUCAGCUCGGGGCAGGACUUGAUUACAUCAGCCAGCUCAACAAGUCGUGGGAAGUGCUGGUCUCUCAGACGGACUUUCUCAGUCAGGUGAUGAAGAAGCACUCUGAGGAUCUGCUGGAUGGUCCUAUCAGCAAACUGACGCUGCUCAUCAGAGACAAACAGCAGCUCCGCAAAACCUAUGCAGAGCAGUGGAACCUGCUGAGGCAGGAGCUCAGCAAAGUGACCCAAACAGAGCUGGAGAGGCUGAAGAGCAGCUACAGACAGGCAGUGAGAGAUGCAGCUCAGGCUAAGAGGAAGUACGAGGAGGCCCAUAAAGAUAAAGACCGAGACAAGGCCAAAGAGCGUUACAUAAAGGCUUCACUGAAACUCCACGAGCUGCAUAAUGAGUAUGUGCUGUCUGUGCGAGCUGCUCAAGUUUACCAUCAGCACCACUUCAGUCAGAUCCAGCCCGCCCUGCUUAAUGCCCUGCAGACUCUGCAGCAGGAGAUGGUGCUCAUACUAAAGGAGAUCCUGCAGGAGUAUUUCGACAUUUCCACUCUCCUCCAUCAUGAAGUGGUGCGGAUCCACAGGGAGAUGUCUUCGGCUCUAAUGGCCAUCGAUCCUCAUAGAGAGUAUGAGAGCUUCAUCCACCAGAACAGGUCUGUAGGGGAGAUUCCUGCUUGUGCAGAGUUUGAUUGCAGUCUUCUGGAGGACACUGAGCAGCUAAAUCCCAGAGAGAUUGAACUGAACGACCUCACGCUUGAGACAAUCCAGCACAAGCUGACCACGGUUGAGGAGGAUUUGCUGGAUCUGGCUCAGACUAUGGGCUCCCAGCAGACCUCGGUCGAACAGUUGGAGCUGGAGCUGGAGGCAGAGGAGGAAGGUGUCAAGAAGGGCCAGAGGGUCUACCAGUUCAGCAAGAGACAUGCGAUGGAGGAGUGCCGGCAGCAGGUUGCUCUGUCUCAGGGUAUGAGAGCCAAGCUGGAGGUUCAGAGGCUUAUUCUGAAGGAGAAACUGGACCAGUUGGGCUCCAAAGAACCUCCCUCUGCUCUAAAUCUGGACCCAGACAUUGUCUCACUUUUGUCCAACACAAGCAAUGACCACAGCCGAAGCUCUUCCAAACUCCUCAUGGACGGGAUUAUAAGCAAUCUGAGUGGCCUGUUUAAACCCAAAUGUGAGGUGCUUCCGGUCCUCACCCUGGUGCAGGAGGUCGAUCGUCCUCUGGGGCAGCAGGACUGGUACCACGGAGCCAUUCCCAGACUGGAGGUCCAGCAGCUGCUGAAGAAUGACGGAGACUUCUUAGUGAGGAAGAGUCAAGAGAAGCAGGGUUAUGUGCUCUCUGUGCAAUGGGAUGGAUCCUGCAAGCAUUUCCUCAUUCAGAACACUGAUACUCUGUACCGUCUGGAUGGAGAAGGCUUCCACAGUAUCCCGCAGCUGAUCCAUCAUCUACUAUCCUCACGACAACACAUCACCAAGAAGUCUGACAUAGUGCUGAAGAAACCUGUACUGAAGGACAGGUGGGUCCUGGAACAUGAUGAUAUUAUCUUGGGACACUUCAUAGGACGGGGUAACUUUGGAGAAGUGUACUGUGGUCGUUUACGCUCUGAUAACACUCCUGUUGCGGUGAAAUCCUGUAAAGAGAACCUGGCCCCAGAGCACAAGAGUAAGUUCCUGAUGGAAGCCAGGAUCCUGAAGCAGUAUGACCAUCCAAACAUUGUGAAGCUGAUAGGAGUGUGCACUCAGAAACAGCCCAUCUACAUCAUCAUGGAGCUCAUUCAAGGUGGUGACUUUCUCUCCUUCUUGCGGCGUGAGAGUCACAGUCUGAACCCUAAGAUGUUGGUCAAAAUGACAGAAAAUGUAGCAUCUGGCAUGGAGUACUUGGAGAGCAAGAAGUGUAUCCACAGAGACCUGGCAGCGCGAAACUGUCUGGUUACAGAGCACAACUUGGUGAAGAUCAGUGACUUUGGGAUGUCCCGUCAGCAAGAUGACGGUGUCUACUCUACAGACGGCGGCCUCAGACAGAUCCCUGUAAAAUGGACAGCUCCUGAAGCCCUGAACUAUGGUCGUUAUACCACAGAGAGUGAUGUGUGGAGCUUUGGUGUCUUACUGUGGGAGACCUUCUCCAUGGGAAUGACACCCUACACAAGCAUGACCAACCAACAGACACGAGAAGAGGUGGAGAAAGGAUACCGUAUGCCUGCUCCACAUGGCUGCCCCGUGGAAAUUGCCAGGAUUAUGAGCAACUGCUGGCAGUACGAGCCCAGAAGCAGACCAUCUUUCAAGAAACUUCGGGCUGAGCUCAGUGCCAUAUACAACAAAAUUAUAUAAUACCAAGUCUGUUAAUUGGACAUGUACUGUAAAGGUUUGUUUUCUGUCUGUUUGAUUUGUUUGUAACUUUGCAUCUUGACAUGCAAAUUAAAAAACAAAAUGAAAAAUUAUUUAAAAAAUAUUGGACUCCUUGUCAUGGUUUUGAGGGUUACAUCUAGUCAUUUCCUGUUUUAUUUUGCAAUAUUCUCCUCACCUCUUGUGUUUUUUGAUCUCUGCCUGCCUGACUACAUAUGUAAGCCUGGUGUUCUCUAUUAAAUCAUUGAAGUCA